CAUCAUCAUUCCGCAAUGUUGUUCGCAAGGAUACAAAUGAGGGUUGCACCCGCCAUCCGAGCGUUCUCGACGUCUCGUGCGCUUGCGUCAGAGCUCUCGUACCAGGUUGUCGGCCCAGAAAAGGAACAAGCAAGUCGAAAUCCGAUUGUCUUCUUGCACGGUCUCUUCGGCUCGAAACAGAACAACAGAAGUAUUGGCAAGGUCCUUGCACGUGACCUCAAACGGCAGGUCUUCACUCUGGAUUUGCGGAAUCAUGGCCACUCAUUCCAUCACAACGAGCAUAACUAUUCCGUCAUGGCCGAAGAUGUGGAGAAAUUCAUCCACCAGCACGAUCUGGCCAAGUGUGUCCUGAUUGGUCAUUCCAUGGGAGCGAAAACUGCAAUGACAGUCGCUUUGCAAUCGUCGGAUCUAGUUUCGGCUCUCAUACCCGUCGACAAUGCUCCUAUCAAUGCUCCUCUCAAGAGUGACUUCGGAAAGUACGUGCAAGGCAUGCAAGAGGUCGAGGCACAAGGAGUCACCAAGCAGUCGGAUGCCGACAAGCUCCUAAAAGAAUACGAGGAGUCCCUCCCCAUCCGUCAAUUUCUCUUGACCAACCUGGUUCGCGCGGAAGAUAGUCAGAAGAUGAAAUUCCGUAUCCCUCUGUCGGUGCUGGGACCGGCUAUUCCUGCCAUGGCUGACUUCCCCUUCCGCGAGCCGGGCUCCGUCACUUACGAUGGGCCGACGCUCUUCGUCAGAGGCACGAAGAGCAAGUAUGUCAGCGAUGACACGGUUCCUGUCAUCAAGAAGUUCUUUCCCAAUGCUGAGAUAGCGGAUGUUGAGGCAGGUCAUUGGCUGAUCUCGGAGAAUCCAGAGGCUUUCAGGCAAGCUGUUGUGAAGUUCUUGCAAGAUCUGCCGUAGAGUAUUUAUUUGCGUAUAGAGGUGGAAGGAUGGUGUUUUUGUGCUUAUGUAUAUGUUUGUACAUUCUGUGCCACUUUCAGAGUGAUUAAUGAAGAUCUACUCAUAGACACAUG